CCAUCGCGCCGAGGUCUAUCGGCACAAGCAGCACAACCACUCCGCCCACACACCGAGACAGACAGCGUCGACAGCAAGCCGGACCACGCCACGACACGCCUGAUCGCCGUUCCCACUCGCACGCAUCCGCCCCCUCCCCACGCCCAGCCUUCGCAGUGACGGCCAUUCGCCUCCGCCCACGAUCACCCAUGGCGCCCUUGCUGCCUACGGCGAGCCCCGGCCCAGCGCUGAGCUUUGAGGACGCGUCGCCCCGGCGCGGCGGGCUGCCGCUCGUGCUGCGCCGGCUAACAAAGUUCAAGAGCAUGGACUUUGAGCUCGCGUUCUGGCAGCUCACGUACCUCGUCGUCGCGCCGCGCAGGGUAUACAAGCAGACAUAUCACCACAAGCAGACCAAGAAUGUCUGGGCACGCGACGACCCCGCCAUGCUCAUCCUCAUCGCGGCGUGUCUCGUCGUCACGGGCGGCGCGUGGGCGCUCCUGUACAAGACGAGCACGGCAGGCGCGAUCGCGCUGGUCCUGCGCAUGGUCUUCCGCGACUUUAUCCUCGGAUCCCUCCUCGUGGCCGUCGUGUUCUGGCUCAUCGCCAACCGCCUCCUCCUCGCCCCGGGCGGAUCGUACGGCGUCACAGAGAACCGCGUAGAGUUCACGUACGCGUUCGACGUGGCUGUCAACUCGUUCUUCCCGGCAUUCUUGACGACGUACGUCGCGCUCCUUCCCCUUGCGCCGCUCGUCGUUCGGGAUAACUGGAUCUGCCUGCUCCUGGGAAACACCCUCUUCCUCAUCGCAGGCCUCCAGUACAUCUACACCAGCUACCUCGGCUACCAGGCCCUUCCGUUCGUCGCUCGCAGCGAGAUCAUCCUCGCAGCCCUUCUGCCCCUCUUUGGCGGCUACCUCCUCAGUCUCAUCGGCUUCAACAUUGCACGCACCGCACUCGAGCUCUACUUUGGCCAGCCAUGGAAGAGCGACGGCUCGACCCCCAUCCACAUCUAGGCAACCUGCACCCGCACUCACACACUAGACCAUGUCAUACCAAUGCAUGGAACAAAUGCUCAAUGUACUACUACACACUUCAUCACCCAUCUAGCUGAAGAGCUUGUUGACACUCGUGUUGCCCUCGGCGUUGCGCUUGAGGACCUUGGCAACAGCCAUCUCGAAGUCCUCCUGGCCGACAUACUGUCGCCUUUCUCGGAGCGCGUACAUGCCGGCCUCGGUGCAGAUACCGCGCACCUCGGCACCAGAGCAGUUGCCCAUCUUCUCGGCGAGCGAACGGAAGUUGAUACCACGCUGCAGCGACAUCUUGCGCGAGUGGAUCUUGAGAAUCGUGAUACGAGCCUCGGGGUUGGGUGGAGGGAACUCGAUCUUACGGUCGAUACGUCCAGGUCGCAACAGGGCAGAGUCGAGAAUGUCGAUACGGUUGGUAGCCAUGAUGACCUGGGGAGUUAGUAUAUGCUGCAAGGCGUUUCGACAGCACGUACCUUGAUGUUCUUGGAUGGCUCGAAACCGUCGAGCUGGUUGAGAAGCUCCAUCAUGGUACGCUGCACCUCCGAGUCUCCGCCACCGCCACCCUCACCGCCACGCGACGAACCGAUAGAGUCGAUCUCGUCCAUGAAGAUGAUGGACGGAGCGUGCUCACGCGCCAUGACGAAGAGCUCACGCACCAUACGCGAACCCUCACCAAUGUACUUCUGCACGAGCUCGGAACCCGAGACACGGAUGAAGCGACAGUCGGUGUGGUGUGCGACGGCACGCGCGAGCAGCGUCUUGCCGGUACCG